AUGUCCAUUCCAAUUCGUUCCCUUGGAAAGAAUGGCCCUCAAGUGCCUGCUGUCGGCCUUGGUCUCAUGAGCAUUGGUGAUGUUUACGGAUCUGCCGGCACUCUUGAAGACAAAAUCGCUAUUCUCGAGCAUGCGCAUGCUACUGGCCAACGGUUCUGGGAUACCGCCGAUCUAUAUGCCGAUAGCGAAGAUGUUGUUGGUGAAUGGGUUCAGCGCUCCGGCAAGCGCAACGACAUCUUUCUUGCCUCUAAGUUUGCUUGUCAGAUGGAUCGUGCCAUCCGUAAAAUGACAGUCCGAUCGGAUCCUGAAUAUGUGAAGACUGCCUGUGCUCGGAGUCUUCAGCGAAUGAAGGUCGAUGUCAUUGACUUGUAUUAUUGCCAUCGAGUCGAUGAAAUUACCCCUAUUGAAAAGACCGUCCAAGCAAUGGCCGAAUUAAAAAAUGAGGGAAAGAUCCGCUAUCUUGGUCUUUCUGAAGUUUCGGCUGCAACUCUGCGCCGCGCAUAUGCGGUCCACCCAAUCGCUGCUCUGCAGAUGGAAUAUAGCCCAUUUGCAAUGGACAUUGAGAAGAAUGAUCUCUUGCAAACUUGCCGUGAACUUGGUGUUGCAGUAGUCGCAUACAGCCCCAUCGGCCGCGGCCUACUCACUGGCCAGAUCAAGAAGUCUGAAGACUUUGACGCGAAUGAUUUUCGACGUAUCUUACCUAAAUAUGCACCAGAGCAUUUCCCCAAGAUCAUGGAAUUGGUACAAGGGCUGCAAAAGGUGGCUGAAGCCCAUGGAAGUACACCGGCGCAAGUCUCGAUUGCAUGGCUACUAGCUCAAGGAUCCGAUAUCAUUCCGAUUCCUGGCACUCGGUCACCUCAGCGAAUGGAUGAGAAUAGCAAUGCUGCGCUGCUCCAACUGACGGAUGAAGAAGUGAAGGACAUCCGCGCCCUUGUUGAGCGAACAGAGGUCCAGGGUGCCCGCUACCCUCCAGGGAUGGGUACUGUUGUUGCCGAUACGCCGCCGCUGUGA